GGAUUGUCAAGAUUGCAAUAAUUGGUUGUUUCAGAUCUGAGUCGCCAAUCAAUAAACAAUCUAUAUUUCCACAGCCCUGGCGUCAACAUGCAGCUCCAGAUCCUGCUCGCCAAGAAGCCGAAUCUGACCCUGGCGCAGUGCGCCCUCUGGCUCGACAUCAAGCAGCCUACGUUCUACUCCAUCUACAAGAAGGUGGUUGCGCUGCCGCCUGAACGGACGGACUACUCGCGUGAAAACCCCAAGUUCUGCCCGGACUAUAUGUUCCAAUUCCAGCUACCGCUAUACACGCUGCGCAUCGAGGCGUUUGGAGCUGUGAUGGGCGGGUUCGUCACCGUUCGGUCGCUUAAAGCGCCAAACGUGGAGUACGCCGGCAUCAACUCGAGCAUGGGCAUGUUGUUCUGCGCGACUGGAUUCAUCGGCUUCAUCGCGUUCACGAGCUGCGCUCUGGUACUUCGUGGGCUCCACCGUCGUCGAGAUCCCGUCUUCUUCAGCACACUGCUGCUCGUGGCGCUGUACUAUCCGUUGGUCGGCUUCACGGGCGUCAAGACCUUCUUCGCCUACUGGCUGCACCUCUCGAUGCACGUGCUGUUGCAAGUGUACUUCGGCCAGUUCAUGUCGUACCUGAUGCCGGCGGUGGAGGUGGCUUCGAUCUUCGGCACGCUCUCGCAGAUGAUCUUCUUCCUGUUCCUCGGUUUCAACCCGCCUGCAAGCGCCAUCCCGACGGGAUACAAGUGGCUAUACCACAUUACCCCGCACAAGUACUCGCUGGCUUUGGUUGCGUCGCUCGUAUUCGGAGACUGCCCCAGUGAUGGCGAUGGAUCGGAGAUUGGGUGCCGAGUAAUGGCGGGAGCGCCGCCCUCGCUUCCCGAGAAUAUGACGGUCAAGGAGUACAUGGAGGAUGUCUUCUUGAUGAAGCACAGCGAGAUCUGGGAGAACUUCGGCUCCGUCUUGGGUUUCAUCUUUGGGAAUGAGCUGCGCGAGCACGCGUCCAGCGUAGGAGCUUAG